UCUUAAAAGGGUUUUAAAUACUUUUGGGCCUUCCUGGCUUGGAAUCGCCCAUUAGAGAUGAACAGAGGACUGCAUGCCCGAUCAUGAAUUAGUGAAACAUAACUAAAUAGUCACCAUAACUAUUAUCACUGUUAAUACUCAAUGUUAUGCAUGUGUGCAUACUGUAAAUGCAUCCUACCUACGGUGUACCUUCUCCUUUGCACUGCUUGCUCAUCAAAGACGCUCAGCACGUGGGGUAGAUAAUUGAAUGAAAUGCUGCUCGUUGGUCGGCUUGGUUCACAGACAGGCCAGUGUAAUUUGACAGUUGAGGAAUGGGGUCAGGGUGGGAAGGACACCAUUCGAUUGCUAGAAUCAUGCUACAUGUCAAACCCCAUCAGGGAGAGGUUAGGGUAAAUCUAGGGUCUUCUCUCUUUUGUCAGGGCUCGACAUGACCCAGUCAACUUUGGAGGGGGGGGGGGCGAGUUUCCCAAACUCAAAACCUGACUAGUGUCAAAUAUUAACUGCAACACAAACAGAGCAAACAGAAUCCGAGUAAACACUCCCUGGGGGCCGCAAAGAUGAGCUUUCACAUACACUCUUACAACACACACUCUUACAACACACACACAUACACAUGUACACACAUAUCCACGUACAUUUACUCUCAGACACAUACCCAACACACUCAGUCAUUCACAUGAACACAUACACACUAUUGUGUUCACAUGCACACUCGUACAACAAGCAUGCAAACGGCCGUGCAUAUGCACACCCGCACACACACUACUUACCCAGGAAGAGUAACUACAGCAUACUAAUAGUAUAUAGUGUAGAUGGGGAAGAGUAUUAAAGGUAUCAAGAUGUUUAUGGAAAAAAUAAUAAAUAUUGUAAAGAUUGACAACUGGUCAUGUCCAGUUAUGUUGGUACAGAGACAAGAUUGGGGUGAGUUGCCAGCUCCAGCUAACUCAUUGAUCCCACUCUGUGAACUCCUGGUCCGUGGUGGGGUGGGAUCCAUCCACCCAUGCCAAACCUAAGCUCCCCACCAGGGACAGGCCCCCAUAUGACAGGACCUCUCUCUUUUCUCUGAACUCCAAGCCAGGACAGCUGUUUGGACUUGGGUUCAAUCUCUCUCUUCUUCUCACACUCUCCUCUCUGUCCCUCGCCUCCCCCUGAUGCCUCCCAAAGGAGCAGAGAUCCAUCGCACUGCCACAGACUUAAGCUGCACGCCUUCACUGUGGACAACAGUAACCUUUAGAUUAAGCGGGUGUUCCCAGAGACUGACUGUGGAUCAGCUGUCCAGAUGAGAGAGUGGAGUGAGUCGGAGAUGACCAUGUCUGCCGGUGGUUACCUCUCUGCCUCUGAUGGAUAUGGCAUCACCGAGCCUCUGCAGUACUACGAUGUGCUGGGGGACCCUUUGGGCUACCCUUUCCAGGAGCCAGACCUACAGGGCCUAGCCUUCAGCCAGCAGCAGUACAGCCCCAUCAAUGUGCAGUUCUCUGUCUACGGACCGCCGAACUCCCAGCACUUCCACCCACCUUCCACCCACCCCUACAGCCCCCACUGCCUGGACACUCCCUGCGAGCCCAGCCCGGAGCCCCAGUGUGGAAGCCUGGGGAAGGGGCGAGGUGGGGGAGGUUUGUCCAUGGUCAAGAGGACCAGGCUGGGUCCAGGAGGAAGGGUGAGGGGCCAGGAUGAGCUGUGUGUGGUGUGUGGGGACAAAGCCUCUGGCUACCACUACAACGCCCUCACCUGUGAAGGCUGCAAAGGUUUCUUCCGAAGGAGUGUGACGAAGAAAGCAGUGUACCGGUGUAAAAGUGGCGGAGGCUGUGAGAUGGACAUGUACAUGCGGAGAAAGUGCCAGGACUGCCGCCUGCAGAAAUGUCGUGCUGUGGGCAUGCUGGCUGAAUGUCUGCUGACGGAGGUGCAGUGCCAGUCCAAGAGGCUGAGGAAGGGGACCAAACACAGAGGAGGAGGGCCUGAGGAGGAGGAGAACAUGGGGAGCAGGAGAGUCAGCUCCACCAGCAGGCUAUCAGGACAGGUAGUGUCUGAAAAUUUGUCAGUAGAACAGAAGCAUGUGCUGGACAGGAUGGUGGAGGCUCAUCGGCAGUACAGUGCGCAGGACACUACACACUGUAGGGUGUUUGAGUGGACUUGUACGGAGGUUGGUGGAGACAGACUAACAGACAUGGCAUGCCCUCCCUCUCAGAGGCUGCUGCAGUUCGCCAAGAGUGUACCUGGCUUUGAGCUCCUGGACUGCUUGGACCAGACCACCCUCCUCUCUAGUUCAUCUGUGGAAGUCAUGUUUCUGCUAUCAGCUCAGCAGUUCACCCAGAACCCAGCAGCCUCUAGCCCAGCACUACAACCUUUCAACAUCUCAACUCAUCAUUGGCUGAAAAUCUUAGAGUCCAAGGAAAACAUUCAUAGUGGGACCGGCCCUGUAAACUCAGGAGUCAAUGAGGACUUGCUAGGACCGGUACUCAACUUCUUCCACAGCAUGGCUGCAUUGGGGGUGACGGAGGCUGAAUAUGCCCUGCUCACUGCUACAGCACUGCUAUGCUCAGACGAAGCGUCGCUGCGGGCGGUGGUGUGUGUGGAGAGCUUACAGGAGCUGACCAUGGAGCUGCUGUCCAGGGUGUGCGGAGCCCGGUAUGGAGCCCAGGGCCCUCAGGGAGCCCAGCGCUUCGCUCGCCUGCUGGGGAGACUCACAGAGCUGCGCACGCUACGACACAACCACCUCACCCUGCUCCGACAGCAGCUCUGGGACAGUCAGCCUUGAGACAGACACUGAGUACGAAGAACAGAGAUAGAACAGAGAGACAGAGACACAAACCAAUGGUUUAAAUAAUCUACAUUUUGCUUAAUGUUCAAUGAUUCAUCAAGUUUGUACCAAACAAUUUAAGGUAACACUAUGUUAUGUUUAUAAUGAAAAAUACCAAUACCAUUCUUCUAAGUGAUUGGUUUCUACUGUAAAGUUUGAAUCACCGACCGGUGUUAAACCAAAGUGAGUUUUAUUAUAUGGAGAGCACAGAUUAAGGUAUUAAAAAAGUAUUUUAUCAUA